CUCUCUCCCCCCCCCUUUUUAAUUUUGGUUUAAAGGUUGCAACUAAUUUUAUUUAUGGGGCUUAUUUACACCCUGCUCUCCAACCCCUACCGUUUUGUUUUUUUCCUUGCUGCAUUUUUUUAAAAAAAAACAUAUUUGUUUGCCCUUCAGUUUCUUUAGAGCGAUUUCAUCAAAUUCCCACUGUGGGAGAUUUUCUUCCUACUCUUUCCUCGGCUCAAAAUUUUGCUGCAUUCCUUGUUUCUUCUGUCCCUAUUCAUGGGUGGUGGUGAAGGAAUAGAUUGCAGUAUAUUACACUCCUGCUCCUACAUCCACUCUGUUUUCUUCUUCCCUCUCAACAUUUCAGUGAGAUACUCAGAAUUAUUUUCUUAUCCCAUGUACUGCAAAAUGGGAUUCUGUGCACACUUCAGCUUGCUGGAGUCUCUCUCCAUCUUGUGUUUUCAAGCAGCUUAUUUUCUCUCUCCUCCAGUAUUUCGGCAGCUUUAUCAUUGUCUUUCCUUGUUUCUCUGGGAUUCUUGACUCCCUCCCUUGCGGCUACACGCUAUGAGAUUCUCUAUACAUUUUACUUCAGUCUGCAGUAAUGUUUGCUUUGAAUUAUGUCCUUGUUACCAGAUGCUUCUAUUACUUCAUAUUAAAGCAUCAUUCCCCUCUUAGUUCUUUUACUUACUUUUACUGUUUACUUUGCAUGCUUCCUUAUUUUUUAAUUGCAGUUGUUUCCCAUCAAAUUGCUAUCAUUGGCACUCCCAUUAGCUUUUAAGGUGCCACAUGAGCUUGUAGGGGAUGAUCUGUACCAUAUUAGACUUAGUCACCCUGGAAUUAAUUUCUGCUGCUACAUUUUCUGCCUUCUGCACAUAAUGUUACCCUUGAUUGUCACUUUUUAAACAAGUUCUUGGUUGUUUAUGGUAUUUUCUUUUCACCAUCUUUGUUCAUGAGAAUAAUGGUUCUUUUAUUUUGAAUGCAGUAUUCUACUUUUGUCUCCAUUGCUACCUCCUGUUGUCUUCCAUUUUUAAAGUCGGCUACUUAUCUCUACGCAUGACAAAUUUAGACUCUUCCACUGCUUACAACUUGGUCCUCCAAUUUUUUUCUGCUAUGUUCUCUGCUUUUGUACUCGCCCCCCAACUCCUCCUAAGAUGUCAUUGUUACCAUUACUUUCUUUUGCUCCCCACAGUGUUGUCUUUCAUGCCAGCUUCCUUCUAAUUUUGCUGUUUUUUUCCCCCUUGGUGUACUCAUCUCUUAAAGAGAUGAUCUCUUACCACUUUCUGCUUUGCAGUUCUAGGUUUACUGCUUUGUCUUCCUUUCCCCUUUUUAUAAACAUGUAUCAAGAUGCUUCAUUGUAUCUUCUUAUCCUUUCUUUUAAAAACAGUCACUUUAUCUACUCAGUUGUCUUUUGUUCUGCUCUCUUAUAUUAUCCUCUUUAGCCUUUAACCUAUUUUUCCUCUCUGCUAAUCUGCCACAUUAAAGCAUUUGUUUUCCUGUUUCUUUUUGCUGCAACUCUGGGAAAUGCUACAUACAUGUCUAUUUUAAAUUAUUUUAUGUGAUUGUUUGCUUGAUAACUUGAUAACAUUUUCAACUUAAGAACAGACAAUAUUCAGAGGCAGUCAUUUUAGGAAAUAUAGCUGAAGUUAUUCCUUAGAUACAGAUUAUAGUCUGUUUUGACAAUUCAGAGAAGUGACGCUGUUUACUGAAACCAAAUUAAAAUUAAUAUUGGGACAGAAGUGAUUUUAUGAUGGUGGAGAUGAUGGAUAGGGUAGUUUGAAAGAAAACACAUUCAGGUUUUUUUGCUUGAGCUUAAAAAAAAUACUUGCUCAAGAGAAAAUUCCAGAGAUUGUUCUCAUCAAAUUUGGACUUACUAAGUGAUAAAGCCUGUCCAAGUUAAGCUUGAUUUCUUUACAAAAAGGACUGCUAAGAACUAUUAAGGAUUCUAGAAAAUAAAAUAAAAAUGAUGGUAGGUAGCUUGCAAGUUGAGUCAUUUGGAAGCAUCAAUUUUCUCUAAGGAAUGCUGCAUACCAGAUUACUUUGUCUUUAAAUCUACAAGCCAGAUGAGAAGCUAGGUUAUAAUACAUUUUCCUUUUUUAGCUUGAAACUGUAUACUAAUUACAAUACCUCUUCUCUUUCCUGAAGGUAAAAUAAUACCCUACAAAUUAUGAGUUUGCGUCAUUUGCCCACUUAGUUUUCUGUUCUUUUUAAAAUGCAAAGCAUGACUCCAGUUUGAAAACAUGAAUUGGAGGAAUAAAUCUGAGGCGCAUGAAGCAUCGCAUCACCAGCAGCAAGCAGCACAAAAUAGUUUGCUGCCUCUCCUGAGCUCAGCUGUUGAACCUCCUGACCAGAAGCCCAUUUUACCCUUGCCGAUAACACAGAAACCUCAACCCCCACCCGAAACACUAAAAGAUGCCAUUGUUGGGAUUAAAAAGGAGAAGCCGAAAACCUCCUUCGUAUGUACAUACUGCAGCAAGGCCUUCAGGGACAGCUACCAUUUGCGGCGCCACGAAUCCUGUCAUACUGGGAUAAAGCUGGUGUCACGGCCAAAGAAAGCCCCUGCCACAAUGGUGCCCCUAAUCUCCACCAUUGCAGGGGACAACAGCCGGACAUCGCUGGUUUCCACCAUCGCAGGCAUCCUCUCAACAGUCACGACGUCUUCCUCCGCUACCAACCCAAGCAGUAGUGCCGGUGCCACAGCCAUGCCAGGGACACAGACUGUGAAGAAGCCCAGCAAGCCCGUGAAAAAGAACCAUGCCUGUGAGAUGUGCGGCAAGGCAUUCCGGGAUGUCUAUCACCUAAACAGACACAAGCUGUCCCACUCGGAUGAGAAGCCCUUUGAGUGCCCAAUUUGCAAUCAGCGCUUCAAAAGGAAGGACCGCAUGACCUAUCACGUGAGGUCUCAUGAGGGUGGCAUCACCAAACCGUACACCUGUGGUGUUUGUGGAAAAGGCUUUUCGAGGUACCAUGUAGAAAAUCCCAGACCUGAUCACUUAAGUUGUCAUGUCAAGCAUGUUCACUCUACAGAGAGACCUUUCAAAUGCCAAACCUGCACAGCUGCCUUUGCUACCAAAGACAGGCUGCGGACUCACAUGGUGCGCCACGAAGGAAAAGUGUCAUGUAAUAUCUGUGGUAAACUUCUGAGUGCAGCAUAUAUUACCAGCCACUUAAAGACUCAUGGGCAGAGCCAAAGUAUCAAUUGUAAUACCUGUAAACAAGGCAUCAAUAAAAAAUUUGGUUUUUUCAAGCAAGAAAAUCUACAUCUUCCUGCGUCUUGUAUGAAUGAAGAGAGCAACAAUCAGAAGCAGCAGCAGCAGCAGCAAUCACAGCAACAACAUGUCACAAACUGGCCUGGAAAACAAGUUGAGACUCUGAGACUAUGGGAAGAAGCCGUUAAAGCAAGAAAGAAAGAAAGUCAACACACUCUGAGGCCAACUUCGGUCAAGCAAGAAUGUCAGUACAACUUUGAGAAGGCUAUAGAGUACGUACCAUUCGAAGCUGCCAACUUGUGCCAAACGUCCACUGCGGCCCCUACGCCUGUGACUCUCUCUACUCCCUUCAACAUAACCUCCUCGGUGGCAUCCGGGACGAUCACCAACCCAGUCACCGUGGCUGCUGCAAUGAAUAUGAGAAGCGCUGCCAAUGUUUCGAGCGCAGUUAACAUCUCCAGCCCAAUGAGCUUAGGCCACCCCGUUACCAUAACCAGCCCUUUGUCCAUGACUUCGCCGUUAACACUCACCACACCUGUCAAUUUACCAACUUCAGUUACUGCUCCAGUGAACAUCGCACAUCCAGUUACUAUCACCUCACCAAUGAAUCUCCCAACACCAAUGACAUUAGCUGGCCCUUUAAAUAUAGCCAUGAGACCUGUGGAAAGCAUGCCUUUCCUUCCCCAGGCAUUGCCAACCUCUCCCCCCUGGUAAAAAAAAAAAAAUCUAGAGCAAAAACUUCAUGCAGUAUUAAAAAGAAGAAUAGAAAACAAGUCCUUAAGAGCAAUUAACCUUUUUAAAGUUCAUAGUAAUGAAACCAGGCUAACUCAUUUGAUGCAGAAAAAAUCAUGCUCCAGUUUAAAGGGAAAAAACACCAUAAUCCAAUCCUUGUUCAGUUGGCUGGCUGUUGACUUAUUUCUGGGGCUUUUUCUUUCCUUUAAACUGGCAAUGAUGAUUGAAGAAGAUCAGAUGAGAACUGAGCCCAGUUCCUAAACUUUUUUUUUUUUUGAAAAGUUAUCAUUAAUGGUAACUGAGGAAAUUGUAAAUGAAACAAAAACCUCUUUAUCUAAACACUAGAAGACUCCAUAUAUGGAGAUUUCAAUAACUACGGUAUGGAGAUGAAUCACUUAACUGGCCAGCUCUGUGACUCUCUGAUUGAGAAAGUAUUGUAGCGUUGUUUUUUUUUAAGUAAAUACAUUUCAUGGUCCUAUUUUUAAAAAAAAUGCAUUUUAAGUAAUUAUGCAUUUUACCUUUUGGGAAUAUGAUGAUUUCAGGCCGAAUUCCCUAUGGGAAAAGUGAUACCAACUCUGAUAUGCAAAGCAUAUGGUAACUUUUAUCAUUCUAACUUCUAAAUAACAAUAGGGAUUAUGACCUGGUAUUUUGGAAAUGUAAAUAGUAAGUGACAUAUUACCCUAAGGGAAUAUAACCUAAUAGUCAGCAUAUUAAAAAAAAGAAGAAGAACUGUUUCAUGUUUGGCAAGGAACAGCUGUGGCUGGUAGAAUAGGAUUUGAAAUCUACGUGAAUGCAGUCUAGUCGAAAUCCAGCUGGGACUCUUAUUAUGGAGAGCAUACAGAGAGCUUUGAAACAUGGAAAAAUGGCUUUAAGCUUGAAGACUGUGGAAGUGCUGGGUAGAACAUGUGUCUAUUCUCACUCUCUCAAGCAGAACCUGCUGAUGUGACAAGAGAGCAGGUGUUGUUCGCUGAAAUAUUUUUUUUUGUCUUAUAUUAUAAAAUGGUAUACAGUUUUUAUUCUAACCACUAACUAGUUAGGAUGCCCCUUCAGGACAAGCCAAGAGAGUGCAUCUUAUUAUUUUGUGUUUCAUUUUUUUACCUUUUUUGUUCCCCCUUUAAUCAAGUGUUGUGCAGAUUUCUUCAACUUUGUAAAUAUUUGCAGAAGAAGCAACAACCAUCAUUUGUACUUUUAGUUAAUUGUGUUAACAAAUAGUUAUUGAUUUGUGGAGGUUUUUCCCAUUAACUGAUCUGUCCAGUGAAGGGAAAUCCUCUCCUUCCCUGCCAAACAGUCCCAUUAAAAUACCCAAGAAUACAUCCUUUAUUUUAUCUGUACAUAAAGUAGGAUGGAAAAUCUAGGGAAGCAAUUUUUUUAGGCUAUCAUGUCACAGUCACUUUUUAAUCUUUGUUUUUAAAGACGUACCCUAUAGCCAAGACAGUAUAAGAAAUAAUUGGAAGGGAAAAACUGAGGGGCUUUUGCUCAGAGCAAGGAUGCCAAUCCAAUAGCAAUCAAUAUUUUCAUUUUUAAAAAAAUGGGAUGCUGGCAAGCCUGAGAGGGUGGAAGUCUACUGUUUUUGUGUUUAUACCCAUCGUGUCAGUGUAAAAGCAACAUAUUUCGUAUUUCUGAGGCAAAUGUCUGGGGUUAGACUGAUGUCCAGAUUAUGUGAAAAUGGUUCUAGGGGCUUGGACUACAUAGUAAAAAUGGGGGAAAAUAAUAGAAUUUAGUGUAAAAUAAUUUUAUAAAUGAACUUUUGUACCUUAGGACAUCAAAUUGUACAACUUUUGUAUAUAUAAAAGCUUAGGAACUUCCUGUGUAGCAAAAAGAACACAUUCCUACACUUUUAAUGUAUAUGUUUGUUAUAAUGUCAUGUAAACAUACGCCCCAUGUUUGUGCCUUUUAAUUAGUUUGUCUCAAUAAACAGAAAUGUAGAGA